UUUCUGGAAUCCCCGGCCAUCUUGGAUAAGGAGGGGGUUUAAACCAGAAAAAAAAGCAGGAAAGGCAAAAAUACACUUAUUUUGCUCUUUUUGGAUUUCGAAAAUAUCAUCAUUCGCUAAAAUGAUAUAGAAAAAUCGCAUCAGGAUUUCGUACAUGUAUUUAUUUCUGCUUAAAAUGUGCAAGUAACGUCAGCUAAGUGAGGAGUUCCACCAGAAAACAAGGUUCGGGGAUUUUCAGCUGAUAAAGUUGUUUUGUUUAUGUUUCUUCAAUUCGGACAUGGACUCUUCAAACUCAGAUAUGCCAGACAUGUCUCCUAUGGGGCUAGGAGCAUCAGCGGGAUCCGGCGGAGCUGUCGUUGCGAAAGGCAGCACCAAGAGACGGGCUGGCUCUGAUUUCGAUGACGAUGAUGAUGGGGGCAAGCUGUUCAGAUGUGAUGAUGAUGGGGCUGGUUCAAAUGAUAAAGAACGCUUCGCCAGGGAGAACCACAGCGAGAUCGAGCGGCGGCGGCGGAACAAGAUGACUGCGUACAUCACGGAGCUGUCGGACAUGGUGCCCACCUGCAGCGCUCUGGCCCGCAAGCCGGACAAGCUGACCAUCCUGCGCAUGGCCGUGUCCCACAUGAAGUCGCUCCGCGGCGGCAACACCACCCCCGACGGCACCUACAAGCCCUCCUUCCUCUCAGACCAGGAGCUGAAGCACUUGAUCCUGGAGGCAGCAGACGGGUUUCUGUUUGUGGUGUCCUGUGACUCCGGGCGCCUUGUGUACGUCUCUGACUCCGUGACCCCCAUCCUAAACCAGACACAGUCCGAUUGGCUGGGUUCUUCCCUGUACGAUCAGCUCCAUCCCGACGACCAGGAGAAGCUUCGAGAGCAGCUCUCCACAUCCGAGAACGCCAAUAAUGGCCGUAUGUUGGACCUGAAGACGGGGACAGUGAAGAAGGAGGGACAGCAGGCCUCCUCAGCGAGGAUGAGUAUGGGCGCACGCCGCUCCUUCAUCUGCAGGAUGAGGGUUGGGAUGUGUCCAGUGGAACCUGUGUCGAUGAACAGACUGAAUUUUCUCCGGAGCCGCAACAGGAACGGCCUGGGUCCAGUCAAGGAGGGGGAGCCCCAGUAUGUGGUGGUGCACUGCACUGGAUACAUCAAGUCAUGGCCCCCUGCAGGUGUGACGCUCUCGGAUGAAGAUACCGACAACAGCCAGAACAACCGCUUCUGUCUGGUAGCCAUUGGUAGAUUACAGGUGACCUGUUGCCCCAACGACAGCAACGCCAGCAGCCUCAACGUCCCUGUGGAGUUCAUCUCCCGUCACGACUGUCAGGGCAUGUUCACCUUCGUGGACCACCGCUGCAUGGCCACCGUGGGCUACCAGCCGCAGGACCUCCUGGGAAAGAACAUUCUUGAACUGGCCCAUCCUGAAGAUCAGGGGUUACUUCGAGACAGUCUGCAACAGGUGGUGAAGUUGAGAGGGCAGGUCAUGUCAGUGAUGUUCCGUUUCCGCUCCAAGACCAACGAAUGGAUCUGGAUGCGGACCAGCUCCUUCACGUUCCAGAACCCCUUCUCCGAGGAGAUAGAGUACAUCAUCUGCACCAACGCCAACGUCAAUAGAGCACCGAAUCAGGACUCCCUCACCCCCCUGUCGUCCCCAGGGGGGGCACUGCCGCUCACGCUGGGGCAGAACAGCCCUAAUUGCCCCCCCGCCCUCAGCCCCCCCGGGCAGGGACCGGUCAGGCAACUCCAGCAGCAGGCUGAGCUGGAGGGCACUGGGGGCAGAGAGGGUCUGUAUGACUCUACCCAGGCGGCACUGCCACAGGUGCCCACUCAGGCAGUAGUUGGUCCAGUAAACGUAAACGCCUCCAAUCACAGUAAGCCGCUGGACAAAGGGGAGCUGUAUGCCGAGCGAGACCCCCACUUCUCUGACCUCUUUGCAGACCAGCCCAAGCCCCUGCCCACCACUUCUGCCCCUGCCGUCCAGCAGAUGUUCUCCCAACCCAACACCUUCUCAGCAGCUGGACGACCCGCUGACUCAUACAGGCCAGUGGGACUCCCCCAGCAGAUGGUGCAGGUCCCCCCAUCGGCAGGCCAGAUGCUGGCCCACAUGUCCCGCCAGAACGUGCCAGGAGGGGGCGCCCCCAACACCGCCAGCCCCAACCAGGCUGGAGCCAUGGGAGCCAACGCAGCGUGGCAGGGACCAAGGCCCUCCUUUAACACACAGCAGGGGGCAGUGCCCACAGUGAAGUCUCCCCCGUUUGGCAUGGGCGACUUCACUUCAUCUUCCUCCACCAACUCAGCCUCGGGGUUCGGGCCGAUGGGCACCGCUGCCACCACCACCCCCUCCAACGUGGCCACCUACCCUGCCCUCAACUCCUCCAGCACCUCCACCAACGGCUACGGAAAUGGCAGUCAGGCAGGAGCGCAGUUCCCCUCCAGGCCAGCAGAGGCAGUGUGGGGCCAGUGGCAGGGCCAGCCUCAAGGCCAGGGUGCUGCUAACCCUCAGGCCAAUCAGGCGGAGAUGUUUCCGGAUGUUUUGUCCGGAUUACUGGAUCAGUCGGCAAACUUUAACGGCGAGGACUUUGGCGAGAUUCCCAUGUUUCCCUCCUUCAAUGAGUGAACCAGUGUUGAAUACAUUUUCUCUCUUUCCCUCUUUCCUUCUCUCUCUCUCUCUAUCUUCUUUCCGUCUCUUUCUUUACAAGGCUGUUUCUUUUCCCUUAUUCUCCUCUGGGGGUGGAGCCCUCUGUAUGACUCCCUUGGGUGGGCUAUUUUAUGUUUAUUUUUUACCAAAUGGAGGUUGAUGAUGUAGGGGUAGGUCCAGAGAGAAGGAUGUUGAGCCAUGGAAUCUGAAGGUGACCCCAGGUGACCCCAGGUGACCUCCGGUGGUGGGAGAGAUCUGUACUGCAUCAGGACCGGAUGACAACAGGGUGUUUUUCCUAGAGUCUGCAGAGAAUGAGGAAAGGAUCUCAAAGGAAAGUGAUAACAGGACUUGUAGCUGUCAGAAUUACAGACACAAUUCCACACUCAGCCAUUCGGCUGUUUGAGUGGCCACACAGACACACAUUGCAAAAAAAUAUAUAUAUAAUCAAGUGUUAUUAAUCUUAUAUUAAGAUUUUUAAAAAAUGUACGGUAUUGCUUUUAGUAUACAGACAUUUGCAAAAAUUAAAUUAAGUCAAAUAAUCUUAUGAGAAAGUGCUAGUCUCUUUAUACUGAAAACAAUACAUCUCGAUUUUUUCAUCUUGAUAUACGAUUGAUAACUCUUGACUAAAUUGUAUUAGAUUAGCAGUUUUUGCAGGGCAGUACACAGAGUAAGCGCACAAUCGCACAACAAAAGCACAAAAUGUCCCACACACUGGUGCACUGCCACUCUAAGAACUACUGCACACUUCCCCCCUCCACAGACACACACACACAUACACACAUACUGUACAACACAUACAACACAAACAUGUUUUUUUGAUGAUUUUUUUUUUUGCUAGAUUUCUCUGUAGUCUCCAUCUGAUGCAGGAGAGUCUCAGGCCAGAGUUAGGCCCGAGAGACCCAGAUGCGUACAGGCAUCAGCUGUGCUCUGCCUCCUCAGGUCUUAGGAGCUCAUGGCUCAAGAGACACAACCCCCGUCUCAGAAAGAGAAAUGUGGCACUUUCCUUAAGAGUUGAGCCUUGACCCCAUGGGGUCACCGCAGUGCACUAGGAGUGUAUCAAGGUCAGAGGUCAAUGCCCUAUGGGCCGGUGCGGAGUGGGAACUCGACACCCAUCAGCCCAUCUGUGUCUUCUCACAGCUCUUCCAAUGAGUCACCUUUCAGUCCCCGUACACACACACGCGCGCGCAGCGAUCAUGUUUUACGAGCGUACGUCUCGGCCCAUUCCUAUGCAUCUCCGCUGUCCUAUGAAUAUUGUAUUGUGUUGUGAUGGAAGGGGAGUGGUUCUUAUAGGCCACGUUCACACACACUCACACACACACAGACCUCGACCACAUUCACAAGCGCAGACACACUUCCCAGCUGUGGUUGGAAGUGCAGAAGGGCGUUCCUCAGUAACUGGAGAGCAGCAGAGGUGGUCAGUCCCACGCAAUCACUUGGUCACGCUUAAAGGAAAUGAGUCGCUUAAUGGAAGUAGUGAACUGAGGGAGCGUGUGUGCUGCGGACUGGACUUGCAGACCCUCACACAGCCUUCACUUUAGAAUCCUCCGCGUCCUGGAGAGACCCUGUGCACUCUCCUUCCACUCUGCACUUGUGUGUGAACUUCAGUUUGUUUGUUUGUUUGUUUGUUUUGUUUGUUUGUUUUAAUCCUCUUGAAAUUGUAAUCAAUUUUUCUUUUUUCCUUUUUUUUAUUAAAAAAAAGAAAUAUUGAAGACCGAGGUUAAAAUAAAAGCAAUAAUUAUGUGCAGGAAGUUUGUAUUUUAAAAGCCAUUUUCUGUGUUGCUUAUUUGGUCUUUGUUGAUGAGCGUUGUUACAGGUUAAACUUUUGAAUCAUGCACUAGAUGAGGCAAAGCAAAAAGAAAAAAAAAAGAAGAAAAGAUGGGUAUUCUCAGGUUUCUUUGGCCCUCGGUCCUCCUCUCCUCUCCUCUCCUGUUCUCUUCUAAAAAGAAAGGAGUUUCUUUUGGUGCUCAAUCCCCCCUCACAACUCAACCUGUCACUGAGGGGAACCGUGUUUACCGUUCACCUCAGCAUCCCACAGUACCUCUGGUUCUGCUGGUUCUGCUGGUUCUGCUUAGAUAGAACCGAGUUGUCUGUCAGACUCCCUUCACACCCUGGGACCGAUUGGUCUCCAUAGAAACCCAAAUAUUUAUUAAAAUAGUGAUUGGGUCUUUUUUUUUUUUUUGAAUUAUUAAAGCAAGAUUCGUUUUGUGAUUGACAUUUUUGGUAUUUUUGUUUGAUUCUCAGGCAUGUUGUCAUUCUCUAGAUUAAAUAGAGUGGGUUAAUUUGCUCAUUAUCUUUUAGCUGUAGGAGGUCCUUCAGAUUGGCCUUUUGAGAGAAGUGGGGCCCGUUUUGGACACCGUUGGGGGCCACUGAAUCCAAAGGCUUGAGAAAUCCUAUCACGUGAAAUGUGUUUGUUUUUUUUUCUUCUUUUUUUUAUUCAGAUGAUUUUGAUUGACACCCUUUUUAUGUGUGUGUGUGUGUGUGUGUGUAUUGAUGUCUGCACAUGUUUGAAGGAGACGGUCUCUCACAGGUGUCAAUACAUGUAUGUAACAUAUAAAAGUACACACACCUGUCUUUAGUACUUUCCCAUUUUUUAAAAGGGCGAUAUUUGUCUUGUCGUCUGUGCAAAUUUGAAACCACUUUGGUUUUCCCGUGUCCAGGUUUUUACAAUGAUGUGAAUUGCAGUUUAUAUAUUUCACUUAGAUACACAAAUAUAUGAAAAAAGAUAUAUGUAUAUGAAAUGUUAAACAAAAGAAAGAGAAUGAUGUUUGUUGUCUUUUUGUAUUAAAUUACAUUAUAUUGUA